AUGGAACCUCAAUACAACAGUAAAAGUACAGCUGUGAAACGUUUAAUGAGAGAAGCAAUAGAGUUGUCAGAGCCAACAGACGAAUACAGUGCUCAUCCAUUAGAAGACAAUUUAUUUGAAUGGCACUUUACUAUGCGUGGUCCACAGGCGUCAGAGUUUGAUGGUGGUAUUUAUCAUGGUCGUAUAUUAUUACCAACUGAAUAUCCCAUGAAGCCACCUAACAUAAUACUAUUAACUCCAAAUGGUCGAUGGGAAACAAACAAAAAAAUAUGCUUAAGCAUUUCCAGUCAUCAUCCAGAAACUUGGCAACCAUCAUGGUCGAUUAGAACAGCUCUAUUAGCAUUGAUUGCGUUUAUGCCAACUAAUGGCCGAGGUUCAUUGGGAGCUCUUGAAUAUACUCCUGAAGAAAGACUAAGUUUGGCUAAAAAGUCUCGGAAUUGGAUUUGUGACUGUUGUGGUCAGAUAUCUAAUUUAUUAGCUAAUAAUAAAGCAAAACCUUUGACAAAAGAAGAAAGUGAACUCAUAAAAAGUGUAACAUUUAAGGGAGAAGAAGGAGCUGAAAAAGUCUCCAAACCAUCUGACCAACAAAAACAGGAAGUGGAAGCAGUCAAUGAAGAACCAAUAGUAAAUAAUAUUUCACCCAACUUUUUUAAAGAUGCAUUAUGCUCAGAUAUUGGAAUGUACCUAAUAUAUUUAAUUAUUGCACUCAUUAGUAUAUUAGUAGCACGACGUUUUUAUAGUGCUUAA